AUGGAGCUCCAACCACCGCCCCCGCCGCCCCCAUUGCUGCCGAGCCAAUCACGAGCGGAAAAUGAGGAUGCCGCAGGGAAGAAGAAGAACAGGAGGAGAUUACCAACCCCGAGUGAGCUGGUGGCGCAUUACGAGAAGCAGGGCAUGGACACUCAAGGAGCCUCUUUCAAAGUCAUUCAAGAUUUGCAGAACGCCGUUUUCAGAAUGAUCACCACCACCCAAAGCAAGAAAAAGGGUGACUCUGAUCCAGAUAUUACCUCCAAAAAGCUCGAUGUCAUCCACUCGCGGCUGCUUCAACUGGAAUCGAAGCUGGACUCCAAACCGGGAUAUUCACAGGCCGUAGGCAUUGGCGUGGCGUCCGCCGGUAUUUGGAAUGCCGCCGUCCAAAUUUGGAAUUCUGUUUCCCGGGCUACUUCGUCUUCUUCCAAUGCCUGA